CGUGGUGUCUUUUUGGCAUAUUGGGGCUGACCUUGGAAAACGGGUCAACUGUGUUUGAUCUGUGCGGUGGUGAUUAGUGCAGCAUUAUCUUCCCACAUAGACUAACAAGCAGCUAAUAAUACUUGUGUUGGAAGGAGCUCGUGUGAAUGCUACGUGUUGGCGUUGGGGGCGUUGAUGUAUCGAGAGGGGGUGCAUAUAGGAUUCAAUGAUGUGGAAAGAAUAGGGUUCCUGCGAAUAUAAAGGAUUGGAAGGAUGAUAGAGGCUGGUGUUUUCGUUUUGAAAGAGAGGGAGAGGGGGAGGAGAGAGACAGAGAGAGAGUUAGUGAGAGAGAGUGAUGAAGAGAUGAAGGAUGAUUUUCAAGCCCUACCACUCAACGGUGAGUCUCAGCAGCUCUCAAGCUCCAGAUUCUCAUCUCUUUUGGCGUCCAAAGAUCGUGAUUAUCUCCUUUCUUCGACCGGAGCUCAGGUGAAACUAUGUGAUCUUGAGGGGAAGAUAAUAGGCCUCUACUUCUCGGCGAACUGGUAUCCGCCAUGCCAGAACUUCACUCAAGCUCUGGUUGCUUUCUACGAGCAACUAAAGAGCAAUGGGUGUAAUUUUGAAAUCGUGUAUGUGUCCUCCGAUGAAGACUCGGAUGCUUUCAACAGCUACCAUGCAUACAUGCCAUGGCUGGCGAUUCCAUUUUCUGAUCUGGAGACCAAGAAAGCAUUGAACCAGAAAUUCGAUGUCGAGGGUAUUCCUUGCUUGGUGAUUCUCCAACCAAAUGAUAACAAAGACGACGCAACCUUGCGUGAUGGGGUGGAACUCAUUUAUCGGUACGGGGUCCGAGCCUUCCCGUUUACAAAAGAGAGGUUGCAGAGAUUGCAGGAGGAAGAGAGGGAGAAGCAUGAGAACCAGACCCUAACCAGUUUACUAACAAACCACGAUAAAGACCGUCUUUUGGGUCAUCCCAGGCCUAAACAGAUCUCUCUUAUGCAGGUACCCGUUGCUUCAUUGAUAGGUAAAACAGUCGGACUCUAUUUCGCAGCCCAAUGGUGCGAUCCAUGUGCUACAUUCGCUCCCAAGCUGAUCUCCGUCUACCAAAAGAUUAACCAAAUGCUGGUAGACAAAGGAGACGAGGGGUUCGAGAUAGUGUUCGUGUCGAGCGAUCGCGACCAAGAUUCAUUCGACUCCUACUUCGAUACCAUGCCUUGGCUGACUCUGCCCUUUGGAGACCCAACUGUGAAGGACCUUGCUAAGCAUUUUGACGUGAAUGCAAUUCCUUGCUUGGUGAUUUUAGGCCCUGAUGGUAAAACUGUGACAAGACAUGGCAGAAACCUGAUAAACUUGUACAAAGAAAAUGCGUACCCUUUCACCGACGCCAAAGUGGAGUUGCUGGAGAAACAGAUGGACGAAGAGGCUAAGAGCCUUCCAAGACACGUGUGCCACGCUGGGCAUCGCCACGAGCUCACUUUGGUCUCUGAAGGCAAUGGAGGAGGGCCUUUUAUAUGCUGCGAUUGUGACGAGCAAGGAUCUGGUUGGGCUUACCAGUGUCUGGAAUGUGGGUACGAGGUGCACCCUAAGUGUGUCCCUGUCGCAGUUGAUCGUGCCUCUUCGGACAAUAGUUGAUUGGCAGUGCAGCUUCUUGUGUUGAUGCUAACUACUACUAUGCUACGUGUGUUUGGGCCUUGAAAUUUGGAAUAUGUGCUUCUGUUUGCUGAUUUAGAUUUCGGAUUGGCUUUUGUUUGGAUCAUCAUCUGUAACUAAUAUGAGUUUCAGCAUCAACAUGGGUCUUUUAUUGUUGUUAUCUAUCAACAGACUGUAAAAUUAAUUUACCCGCAGCGGAAGAAAUGUGCUUGAAGCCGGUAAAAGUUCUUCCAAAUUAUCCAAAAUCUAGGAUUAUGAUCAUAUUUUCUUUGGUGGCAGUUUGUAAUUAUUAUGGAAUACACGUAGAUUAAAAUAUGGAUCACGAUCCUCUCUGUUUUUGCCA